AUGAAGAUCCCUACUGCUGAAUCGCUCCAGAAAAACUAUAAAGAUACGUGUGGCACAGCUCCUCCAACCUCAGCCUCAGCAAAUGCUGAUCUCCUACAAAUGGUUCACGAAAUUGAAAUCGCCUCCUAUGCAAUGUUAAGUAAGGGUCGUUGUGAAGGACUGGCGAUACCAUCCAUUUACGGCUCGUUAUCAUACUCGUCGGCGAUGCCUUGCAUACUUAUGGAGGAUAUCCACCCGAGUAAAGUUUAUGAUCUCGUAGAUGGAUUUAAUGAUGAGCAGUUAUACAAAGUUGUCGACCAGCUUGUUGCACUACACGUGUAUUGCUUCACACAUGACGACUGGAAAACACUUGGAAUGGAAGCCAAGGAAAUGACCGAGAGUUACAAACAGUAUGUGGAAAUGUACGAAUUGAUGAGGGGACUAUUCAUGACACAGGACCCACAGCUGAAAAGUGGACUUACGCUGUUGCAUGACAACUAUACCCGGAAUCAAAUGUGGUUCAUAGAUGAACUACAACGUUACAAAAAAGAAGGACUUCUUCGAACCUACGUUCAUGGUGAUUUGUGGACUGCGAAUAUUCUUUGGAGAGGUGACGAACUAGCAGCAAUUAUCGACUGGUCGCUGUGCCAUGCCGGUUCACUGACAGAGGAUCUUCUACGAGUGCUAGUUACGUGCUCCAGUGUGGAGCGACGGAAGAGGAUGACACGACCCCUUCUGGAAUACUAUUUCAAGAAAAUGCAAACAAAACUAACGGAAAAGGGCAUAAGGAUACCGUUCACUUUUGAGGACCUAGAGAAAGACUAUCAUCGCACAUUACCCCUAAUCUCUGGUCAAACGGUGUUCGCAGUGGGACUUUGGCUACAAACUGGAGUCAUUCGCAAAGGUACAUCAGAUGACGAAAAACGUGUACAGGAAAUGGUGGCCAGACUUCAUAGCAUAGUCGAGGAAACUGUAUCAGCGCACAAAUGGCAUCUUCCCGAGCAUUCUUGA